UUUACCUGCUGGUUCUAGGAAGUCACCGUUUCAAAGCAAACCUCGCUGUUUAGGGAGAAAAGAAAGGAGAGAGAAUCCAAAAGCUGUCUCCUCUUUAUAAAACCUCUCGAAAAACAACAGAAAUCAUCUUGGAAAGCCAGAAUAGCAAGGAGAUAAGUAGCUCAUCAGAGAUAAAACCGAGAGCCAGAGAGAGAUCGAAAUCGCUGUUAAUGGGAUUGCUUUCUUAGAACGAUUACAGGAAUUUCUUGUUUUGAUUUGUUUCUAGUUAGCAAUAUCAAAAUCUCUCUAAUUCAUAUACUAUUUUGGCUCAAUGGAGGGAGAUAAGAAGGGCAUUACAAGCGAAGAGCUUAAGCAGCACAACAAGGCAGGAGACUUGUGGAUCUCUAUUCAGGGAAAGGUUUACGAUGUCUCUGAUUGGGCAAAUGAGCAUCCGGGUGGAGAUGUUGCUCUCAUGAAUAUGGCAGGCCUAGAUGCCACUGAUGCAUUCAUUGCCUACCAUCCUGGAACAGCAUGGAAAUAUCUUGAUAAGCUCUUUACAGGGUAUUAUCUCACAGAUUUCAAGCUAUCAGAGACAUCCAAGGAUUACAGGAGGCUUGCUUCAGAGUUUGCUAAACUGGGCCUGUUCGAAAAGAAAGGACAUAUUACUAUGUAUGCACUGACAUCUAUUGUAUUGAUGUUUUGUGUUGUUCUUUAUGGUGUUUUGUGUUGCCAGAGUGUUUGGGCUCAUUUUGGUUCUGCUGUGGUGUUGGGGUUUCUUUGGAUUCAAAGUGCCUAUAUUGGUCAUGAUUCAGGGCAUUACCAGGUGAUGAACACUCGUGGUUAUAACAAACUCGCUCAAUUCCUCGCUGGAAACUCGCUCACGGGUAUUAGCAUUGCUUGGUGGAAAUGGACCCACAAUGCACACCAUCUCGCUUGCAACAGUCUUGAUUAUGAUCCUGAUCUUCAACACAUACCAGUCUUUGCGGUAAAUUCGAUUUUUUUCAAUUCUAUAAAGUCUUGCUUUUAUGGAAGGUACUUAAAUUUUGAUCCUGUGGCCAGGUUCUUUGUGAGUUACCAACACUGGACUUUUUAUCCAGUAAUGUGUGUUGCGAGGGUCAAUUUGUACAUACAAACGUUCUUGCUAUUGUUUUCAAAGAGAAGAUUCCCAGAUAGAGCUUUGAACAUCUUGGGAAUUCUUAUCUUCUGGACUUGGUUCCCUCUACUUGUGUCUUGCAUCCCUAAUUGGCCCGAGAGGGUGAUGUUUGUGCUUACAAGCUUUGCUGUUACGGCAAUUCAACACGUUCAAUUUUGUUUGAAUCAUUUUGCGGCCGAUGUUUACACUGGACUUCCAGAAGGGAAUGAUUGGUUUGAGAAACAGACAAGUGGGACUUUGGAUAUUUCGUGUUCAUCUUGGAUGGAUUGGUUUUAUGGUGGUUUGCAGUUUCAGCUUGAGCAUCAUUUGUUUCCAAGGAUGCCGAGAUGCCAAUUGAGAAGAGUUUCACCAUUGGUACAGGAUCUGUGCAAGAAGCACAAUUUAUCUUACAGGAGCUUGUCCUUCUGGGAAGCCAACGUAUGGACAAUCAGGAAACUCAGGAAUGUCGCUCUGCAGGCUAGGGACCUGGCCAACCCUGUUCCGAAAAAUAUGCUGUGGGAAGCUGUUAAUACUCACGGAUGAAGGUCGACAUUUCAUGAAGGCUUAUCAAGGCCCAGCGAUUACAGUUUCUUGUUUAAUUUGAAUCUCUUUGCUCUUUACAUAUUUUGUUUCAUAGUGUAAUUUGGAAAUUUUAUUUUCUUGGGCUUUUUUUCCUCCAAAUUUUAACCUUUAAUUAACAGGGUUUGUACUGGUAUUGGCAUUCUGAUCAUGCUUUAUAUAAAAACUCCUUGCUAUUGGAAGUA